UUUGUCUUCUGCGACAACAUUGUUAUGACGUCAAAUCUUCGCGACAAGACACCAGAGAACUUCUACUUGUCAGUGUAACUCGGCGUUGUGUUCAAGGUUUUAAAAUAAAAAGCUGUUUGACUGCGUAACAUCCACAACAUGGAUGGAAACGAAGAACACGGCAACAGUUUUGGAAUAGAAGUUAUUCUCCUUGAGGACGCGCAAACAGCGCCAUGCUGUUCUCACGGUCCUACCUUGCUUUUUGAAAAGGUUUGCAAAGGAAGAGAAAAAGGUCGGAGGUUUUAUGCAUGCUCUGCCUGUCGAGACAGAAAAGACUGCAACUUCUUUCAAUGGGAAGAUGAAAAGGUUUCAGAAGCCAGACUGUUGGCCAGAGAAGCAGAAAACCAGUCAAAGAGGCCCCCUUUCACCCAUCAGGAGUACUGGAAUAGAUUUCAAAAGUUUGCCUCCCUUCCUCUUGAUGAGAAGUUGUUCUGUCAGGACUGUCAGAUUCUGCUCCUGCCAGGAGAGCACAGCGUUCACUCUGCUCAUAGAUCCACUCUCAUCACUGCAGCACAGCUGAAGAGGCCCAGUGUGCUGCUGCGUCCACUGGACAACAAGAAGAGCAAUGCCCAGUACCUUUUCACCGAGCGCAGCGCGCACUUUCUCCUGGACACCUUAGCUGGUCUGGGAUACAAGAAGAUGCUCUGUGUGGGCACACCCAGACUGCAGGAGCUGAUCAAGCUGCGAAAUCUGGAGCAGAAACACCAGCCAAUGAAGAGUCUCCUGCUGGACAUUGACUUCAGAUAUGCUCAGUUCUACAGCCAAGAUGAGUUCUGUCAUUACAACAUGUUUAAUCAUCACUUUUUUGGUGGAGAGUCAUCCAGUGCAAUCCUGAAGGCCUUCCUCAGAGACUCUGAUAAGGAGAAGGUGGUAAUGGUAGCUGACCCUCCAUUUGGUGGUCUGGUAAAGCCCCUGGCCAACAGUUUUUCUCGGAUAUCUCAGGCAUGGAAGAAGUUGCAGAGCUCUGACAGCAGUAAGGCUGACAUGCCCAUGAUCUGGAUCUUCCCAUACUACUUUGAGCCUCGGAUAUUGGCGUGUCUUCCAUCAUUCAGCAUGUUGGACUACCAGGUGGACUAUGAUAACCAUCCUCUGUAUAAACAUGGAAAGAUGGGCAGAAAACAGUCUCCUGUGAGACUCUUCACUAAUCUUUCACCCAGUGACAUCAUCCUUCCCAAAGAGGAGGGUUACAGAUUUUGCCCUUUAUGUGAGAGAUAUGUCGCAUCGCUGAACAAACAUUGUGCUAAAUGCAACCUCUGCCCAUCCAAGGAUGGUCGGGAAUGGAAUCACUGCUCAGCUUGUGGGAAAUGUGUGAAACCAUCCUGGAAGCACUGCCAGUCCUGUGGCCACUGUGCCCUCCCAGACCACCCGUGUACCAGCAGUCAAGUAAAGGAGGGCUGCUUUAACUGUGGAAGCCCACAGCACAAACGUAAAGCCUGCUCUGUCAAAUACACAGAUAGUUAUUGGGCCAAAGCCAGUGGAGGCGAAAAAAAAGGAUCCCAUCCGUCCCUCCUCAGAUCUAAAACAAAGAGGAAGUCUGGUGCAGCUCGGAGAGCAAAGUUGUUGGCUGCAAAGUCUCUGUGAGCCCAGCAGUCAUGCAGUACAUUAUUAACUAUAUAAUCCCAAACAAUAUUUGUUUUCUUUUCAACAUGAUUGUUGGCAGUGUGUUAAUUUUUUGUAAUAGAAUAAAACUUAAAUACAAAGCUUUCUUUGAA